GCUAGCUCAGGGGUUCGCGGCGGGGCGCGCUGCUUGCCUGGUCUGGCGGGCGCGGGACUGGACGGAAGAUGUUGGGACUGUCGCUGCUGGUGGGCUUCAGCACCGGGUUGCUCGCCUAUUACUGGGCUCGUGUCCCCAAGCGCCCCCUGCUGGUGGCUUGUCAGCCAUUCCGUUCCUUCCUGGAGAAGCACUGUCCUAUAGUGGAUGAGACGUUCUACCCCACACCGUGGUGUUUUGAUGGCCGGCUCCAGACCAUUGUCCGUGUCUUCCUCAAAUCGCGCCCACCUGUCCACUACCGCAGUGAGGUGCUGCGAACUAAAGAUGGAGGGCAGCUGUUACUGGACUGGGCCGACGAUGAAGACAGGGAUACAGGGCGCCCUGACCCAGAGAGCUGUCCCAUUGUCUUACUCCUGCCAGGGCUGACAGGAAACAGUGAAGAGACCUACAUUCUGCACAUGGUGCGCACUGCCCGACAACAGGGCUACAGGGCAGUCGUGUUCAAUAACAGAGGUUGCAAAGGAGAGGAAUUGCUGACCUACCGGGCUUUCUGUGCCAACAACACUGAGGACUUGGAGCUGGUGGUGGCCCACAUCAAGAGCCAGUUCCCUCGGGCACCGCUGAUGGCAGUUGGCAUUUCACUGGGCGGGAUUCUGGUGCUCAACUACCUGGGGCGGAAAGGCCGUGAGGCUGGGCUGGUGGCUGCUAUGACCUUCUCUGUGACCUGGGAUUCCUUUGAGACCACCCACUCGCUUGAGAGGCCCCUCAACCUGGUGCUCUUCAACCAGAGGCUCACAGCCAACUUGCGGCAGCUCAUCCAACGGCACAGAAAGGUGAUUGCUGAGAAACUGGAUGUGGAUCAUGUGCUGAAGGCUCGUAGCAUUCGUGAGUUCGAUGAGCGCUACACAGCCGUGGCCUUUGGUUACAACUCAUGCGAGGAGUACUACCAAGCAGCCAGCCCGUGUCACAAAGUGCACCGCUUCCACGUGCCAGUGUUGUGCCUUAAUGCCUCCGAUGACCCCUUCUCCCCUCAGCAUGCUAUUCCUCUAGAUGCUGCUCAGUGCGUGCCCACAUUGGCCUUGUUGGUGACAUCCCACGGUGGCCAUAUAGGCUUCCUGGAGGGCCUCUUUCCACGCCAUGAGAGUUACAUGGACCGUGUCUUUGCCCAGUUUGUGGCCGCUGUCUUUGAGCACCAGGAAGAACUGCAGGCUGCAGUGGCAGCCGAGGGAGGCAAAGAACUUGAACGAGACCAGAGUCCUCCACUGCUGGAUCAGUGAGAAGACACCACUGAAGACUGGGCCAGGAGACUCCAAGCCCAUCUUGCCCACCUGUGGCUUUGAUCCUACACCCCCUCCCAGGUGGAAGGCUUGAAUUUACCUCUAGAGAGAUGGACAGUUCACAGCCAAGACGCAUGCCACCAUGCUACUAACCCAUCUGUCCUUGUUUCCCAGAAUGAUUUGUCUUACAUGAAAGGCUGUGCCUUGAAAGGGUGUCCCAGUCCAUCCUCACCAGCAUCAGCUGCUGGCACCAGAGACUUCAUGCAUUUGGGGAGGAAACAGUGCGAUGCUGAGUUGAAUACAGAGCUAUUUUUUCAGUGCCAUAGAGUUAUAUAGUUUUUCACUUCUGAAUAUGAAGGAAGCUGUAGGCAUCAGGACUACAGUGGCAUCAUUGCACCAAGGAGGGUUGUUCCUUUUUCAUUAAACUUUCCUUCUC